AUGGAUCCGAACACCCACCGGGUUAGGGACAAACGUCCCGACGACGACUUCCCAGAUCUGGAGAGGCAGCCGGUCAUCACAUGGCAAAUGCGCACCAAUCCCAAGCUUUUCGACCCUCACCCCGAAGCGGCAGAACUGGUCAAGAAACGUCGAUUGUAUAACGCGGCAGAUGCGAAAGAAGACCAAAUCCUCUUUCCAGACGAGGCAGAGGGUGGGAUAAAUUCGAAAAUAUUUAUCCGGGUCCAAAACGCGCUUACCAAGCUCGAGACCGGUAGAAUGCCGAUGGAACAGUUUAUGGAGGCUGACAUGGACGAGGAUUACGAGGACAUCUUGCUCGCAGAUGACGUGGAAGAGUCGGAGUGGGAGACCGAUGAAGAAGACAGAAUGAAACGAUUGGGAGCGGAUGCGAGAGGAUGCAUGAGACGACGAGAAAUGUUUGGGAUCCAUGAUGCGCUCGAAGGUGAUGGCCAUGGAUAUCGGCCAUGGAUAUCGGCCAUUUGCAUAAGGCUUUGAUAAAAGGGGCUCCAUGGGAAGGCAAGCCCCUAGACCUUGACAAUGCACGAGAGAAGGAACACG